AUGAUUGAUUUAGAAGAAAUUAAGAUCGACCUUUUAGAUGCGUUUCAAAAUGGCUUAGACGACCCUGUCUCUUUGGUUACUUUAAUUGAGAUGUAUGGUGAUCAAUUAGAUAAAGAAGGUACUUUAGAGGAUAAACAACAGUUUUUAGAAAUUUUGGAUGAACAAUUAAAAGAGAGAAGAGAUGUCACAUUUACAAUUAGUUGGGAUAUGCCUAAACAAUUAAUUAGAUGGAUCUCUGGUAAAAAUAUUAAGCAUUAUGAAGUUUUGAAGAAUAAUAAAAUUUUCUCUCUCAUUAUGAAAUGUUUUAUGUCGAAUGCUUUAUAUGGAAAUCCAAGAGAAUUAUUAAUUUCUAGUUGUGAAAUUUUAAGUAAAUUAUCUGCUGAAGAUGAAACUAUACAAUAUUUGCAAGUAACUAAAAAUGAUCAUGAACCAACAGAGACAGAAGUGAUUAAUAGGGCCAAUAUGGAUAGAUAUCCAGGUGAUUUCUUUGUUGGUUUAAAAUUGCAUUUGGUUUAUGAAUUAAUAUCCAAUAGUUUGAAGAGAAUAGACACACUAUACCCUUCUAAAUAUUUAAAGAUUGUAGUCACUUCCUUUGAAGAUGUUAUCAGUACAAAUAAGCGUACUAUGGAAGAUCCGUCUAUCAUUCUUCGUAGAAUCUAUAUAUUUUGUAAAAAUUAUAUCCCAAAUGAUCCACCAAAGCAGGUGGAAUUAAAAGAUGGUACCAUAUUAGAGGGUGUUGAAUUACAGAAUAUUGUUGAUAAAGAGAUAGAGAUCCAGAGAAAUUUAUUAAGAUAUCUUUGUACUUUUGCCAUUGCGGAAGGUCUCAAUGGUACUACAGAUCGUAGUGAAGUACAGAUAUACUAUAAAAUGAGUCAUCAAAAAGUUCUUCCAGUGCCAUUUUAUGAACAACUAUUAGAUACAAAAUUUCGAUUCUAUGAUUUAGCAUUAUCCUUUGAUGUUGAUUUAAAGGAAGAAUUAAUUAAUUGCAUCAAUGAAUGUAAAAGAAUUUACAAAGCAUUGCCGAAAAUUGAAGAUGUGCCUACAUUAGAAGCACAAAGAUUGAUAAGCAAAGGUGUAAUUAAACUAUCUCUAUCUUAUCACAUACAAAGAAUGUCUCACGACACAAAUUUGCCAUUGUAUCCACAGGGAAUUAUAGUCUUGUCAAGUUUACAUUAUUUGGUGUCAAAGAAACAUUUAUAUCCUGAUAUUCCAUUAAAUGAUACAAUAUAUCUAUUUUUAAGAUUUGUAUCUCUGGACAUUAUGUCUAAGAUAUACUCAAAUAGUGCUGUGGAUGGUGCAAUAAGAUAUUUAAUAUGGAUUUGUGUUAAUAAUAACUCUUGUCUAGAUUUGAGAAAACAAAUGUCCCAGCUAUCACCAUUUAUAUUAUCUGCAUUCUUGGAAUGUUUUUUAAUUAAAGUGUCCCUAGAAAAGAGAGCGGAAAGUAAGACUAUUCAAUUUACUUUAUUUACGCGAUUAUUGGUUUGUGCCCCUGAAUCAAUUGCAUUCCAAUUUAUCACCAAUGUUUUAUCCGACUUUCCAUACAUUGAAGGGAAAUAUUUAAUCAUCGGGAUAUUAAGACACCUCUUCACUACGAAGUUUCCUAAGAUCAAAGAAGUGGAUGAUAAUGGAUUAUACUAUUCAGAUCAAACAAAAGAAAAGGAAUUGGUAGAUAAAUUAUCUAGUAUGCAAAUCUCUAACACUGAGAGAAAGGACGUAGUUGUUAAUAACAAUGAUACGAAAGAAAAAGAAGAUGAUACUAAUAUGGCUAUCAAUUUAACUAUACAAAGAAUGUCUGAAUUAACAAAUAUUAUCAGAGAUUCUAUUAAAAAGGCAAAGAAUGUUAAAAAGACUGAUCAUGAAUAUAAAAUUGUUAUCGUAUAUUUGAAAUUUUUGUCAAUGAUGAAACCUUUUUGGGAUAAAAAUUUAAUAAAAUCACUUGAAUCUGAUUUCAAAUCAAUUACUCUGGAAAAAAAUUUUGAAUCAAAAUUAAACUCACUGAUGGAUUAG